AUGCAGCUGGAGAUGGAGAUGCCGCUGGAGAGCUGCAUCAGUUGGGCUCGGUCUUCGAGCGGCUGCGAUAAGAACUUCGGCGACAUUGUCCCCGGCAUCGAUUUGCUCGAGGCACCCUUUGUAAAAAUGACAAAUGUCAUUUGUGAGUCAUAUAACAAGUCGUGGGUUGUCAUUCAUUAUUGUCGUCUGAAGGCCUAUUCCCGAAACAAAACUAGCUUGCAUAUAAACGCAACCCUCCUGGAGCCAGCUAAUAAUAUAUUUCUUAAAGUGAAGCUGAUGAAGAAGGCCAAUGGCUAUAAGCCAUUUUUGUUUGAUAUCACUGUUGAUGCCUGUAAAUUUAUGCGAAGAAAUAAUCACCCCCUAUUAAAGAUUCUUUUAAAUUUGAUAAAGGAUGUAUCCACUGUAAAUCACACCUGUCCUUAUGUGGGACUACAAACGGUCAGCGAUUUUUAUGACAUCCAUAUUCCCCUUCCAUGGCCCUCUGGAGAAUACCUAAUUUUAGGGGAUUGGCUAUUCGAUCGUAAGCCGCAGUUCGCCACAAAUGUGUAUUUUACCUAUUUGGAGGAUUAA